CGGCAGUUCGCCUUCGACAAAUCAAGCAUUUCCAUUCCCGUCUUCGACAAAGGGCGCGAAAAGUUUUCUGCGAACCCUAACGCAUAGAUCGGAAUUCAGAAGGCGAAGACUAACGAGAAUAUCUACCAUGAAUUCAGCAGGUCGAAGAAGCGGAGGAGGCCUUCUCGAAGGUCUGUACAGAGUGAUUAUGCGACGUAAUUCUGUUUACGUAACAUUCAUCAUCGCCGGUGCUUUCGUCGGGGAACGGGCCGUGGAUUAUGGAGUUCACAAGCUCUGGGAGCACAACAAUGUCGGGAAACGGUACGAGGAUAUUUCAGUUUUGGGGCAAAGACAGUCAGAAGAAUGAAUGAAUUUGUUAGGCACUUGAAAGCUACACAGAAUCAUGGAUUCAAGAGGUAAAAAACUGGUGGCUUAGGAUGGUAAUAAAUGAGAAUGCCAUUUUCCAAUGGGAAAACGUUCUCUCUUUUUGGUCUGGAGAGUUUGUGUUUCUUCAUUAGAUUAUAAUCAUAUUUUAUUUGAUUAAGUUUUGGAGGUACAAAAUUCUUGUGUAUUACACUUGAUCGGUGAAUAAACGAACAUAUCAAACAUGGGCUAAAAAAACCGAACCAAGCAGUGAGUUUUGGUUUGGUUAGUCGUUUUUUAUCAGUUUUGACCACCCUGCAUAAGGCCACACCAGGGAACUUCUUGUGCAGUGAAUUUGAUGGGGGCUAAUCACAAGUUCUUAUCCUUUUUGCUAACGCAUAAGAUUCAAGUUAAAUGGCAAAGAAAUGCAUUUCUGUA